GUUCAACAUGUCCGAAAAUCCGAUCCCUAUAUUUACUCUUACUGUCUCACAGUUACCCUAUCUCUCUCUUCUCGUCAACAAAGCCUAGGGUUUCUGAAGCUAUUUAUCGCUCUCCAAGGGGUUUGAACUGAGUCAAUUCCAGGCUUCCUAACCGAGUUUAUCUAAUAGACAACUGGGACCCUGUAGCUUAUUGAAAUUUGUCUAGUUAGUUUUAUAGAGGUAAGGGUUCUCUGCAAUGAGGAACUCAUGGGCGGAUUUGGUUGAUAAUGCAGCACCUGGUAAUGCUGGAACUAGUGGUGGUAGUGGAGCUCCGGCAUCCACCAGGAGAUCUGCUUAUGUGCCCCCUCACAUUCGGAACAGACCAGCUGCUGCUGCAGCUCCACCUCCAGUUCCCACACAGGGUGUUCCACAGGCUCGCAAUGACAGGUUUAGUGGAGGCGGAUCUGCAAGUGGGUCAGUGUGGAAUGGUCCCAGAUCUGAUUAUGGGCCCCAACGGUAUGGUGGUGGCCGUGGUGGUGGUGCAUGGGGCGGGAGAGGUGGUGGUCGAGGCAGAGAGCAGGAGGUGAACCCAUUUGGUAGUGAUGAAAUUGAUGGUGAUGAGGUUCCUCCAACUGAACAAGAGAAUGGAGGGAUCAACUUUGAUGCGUAUGAGGAUAUUCCUGUGGAAACAACUGGAAAUAAUGUCCCCCCUCCUGUGAAUACUUUUGCAGAAAUAGACUUGGGGGAUGCCCUUAACUCGAAUAUUAGAAGAUGCAAAUAUGUCAAGCCAACUCCUGUCCAGCGUCAUGCAAUCCCCAUUUCUCUUGCUGGAAGAGAUUUGAUGGCUUGUGCACAAACUGGAUCUGGAAAGACAGCUGCUUUUUGUUUCCCGAUUAUUAGUGGAAUCAUGAAAGGGAGUUUUCCUCAGAGGCCACGUGCAGGGCGAACUGUGUUUCCUCUUGCUUUAAUUCUUUCACCUACAAGAGAGCUCUCAAUGCAGAUACAUGAAGAAGCAAAGAAGUUCUCUUAUCAAACUGGCGUCAGAGUGGUAGUGGCUUAUGGAGGGGCACCAAUGCAUCAACAGGUCUCUUUAGAUUUUGGUCUCUCCAGUCUCCUUUCAGUGGGAAAGCUGUGAUUUUAAUCUUGGGGUGCCAAAUAAUUUUUUUUUAAUAUUUAAACCCAUGCUCUAUUGUAUAAAAGUUGUUUUAAACCAAUUCUUAUUUUUUAAAAAAACAUCUUUUAACCAAAUUUAAUGCUCCCUUUGUCUCAUUAUUUUUGUCCCUUUUUUGUCUCACUAUUUUUGUCCCCUACCAUAUUUAGUAAUGUUUGUGGGCUCCAUUACACUUUAUUUAGAUGGAAGGAGAAAUAAGAUGGAAAUUAAUGG